AUGAGUUGCUUCAGUGCCAGAACUAUUAGAGGUCCUUGGGGAGACAGCCAGCUGAAAGCACCUGGGCCGCAGGGGGAGCAUGCAGGACGAAGGCUACAGAGCGAGGCCCCUGAUGCGCACUUCUCUGUAGAGCAGAACAUCUCCCUCUGGCCCCAAGAGCCUCCUGCCAACACAGGUCCAUCUCUGGUUCUGAGGGAACCAUCCACAGUCCGUGCUGCAGGAAUCUUCCUGAUGCUGGUCCUGGUCGCCUCCAUCUUGCUGCAGGCCAUUCUCUAUCCCUGGUUUAUGGGCACAAUAUCAGAUGUAAAGACCAGUGCCCAGCUGCUGAAAGGUUGUGUGGACAACAUCAGCACUCUGGGUUCUGAAAUUAAGAGGAAUACAGGUGGUGUGGAGGUGACUGGCAUUCAGGUCCAGAUGGUGAAUACCAGCCUGAAUCAUGUGCAUUCUUAGAUCCGGAGGUUGGAAACUGGCACGCAGGAAGCCAGUGCCCAGAUCCAGAUGUUAACAAGAAGUUGGGAGGAAUUCAGUGAUUUAAACACCCAAAUCCCCAAGUUAAAAAGAGAUUUGGAUAAAGCCAGUGCUUUAAAUGCAAAGGUCCGGGGGCUCCAGAGCAGCCUGGAGAAUAUCAGCAAGUUGCUCACACAGCAAAAUGACAUUCUACAAAUGGUUUCUCAAGGCUCAAAGUACUUCAACGGGAACUUCUAUUACUUUUCUCAAAUCCCAAAAACUUGGUACAGUGUGCAGCAGUUCUGCAUGUCCAGAGAUUCACACCUGACUUCAGUGACCUCAGAGAGUGAGCAGGAGUAUCUGUACAAGACAGCUGGUGGGCUUUCCCACUGGAUCAGCCUGACCAAAGCAAGGCAUGAGGGGGACAGUAUUCUAAAAUCCAUCAAUAUCAUCCACCACAUCAACAAAAAGAAGGACAAAAACCACAUGAUCAUCUCCAUAGAUGCUGAAAAAGCAUUCAACAAAAUUCAACAUCCAUUCAUGAUAAAAACUCUCAAAAAAAUGGGUAUU